CUUCUCCCUCCACACGGCACUGCGCCCUGGGGCUAUGGGGGCCCGGGAGGCGGGUCUGAGCAUCCCCUGGUGCCGGGCAGAGCGCAUCAGCCAGCAGGGGCAGGAUUCCUGAUUCCCAUGGAAGCACCCUGCGUCCUGGAUCGCCAGGGCUCUGAGGACACGGAUGGGCCACAAGGCGUCCAUAGAGGUGCUGAGAUGCUGCACAGGGACGAGGAAGGAAGUCCGUGGCAGGAUGAAGCAUUGUCGGGCGAGGCGUCCGAGGGCCAGCCCGGGGCCGAGGUUCAGCUGGAUGGAGCACAGGAUACAGGGACCGCGGAGCGGAAGACAUGCCCUGAGUGCGGGAAGAGGUUUGUCUGGAGCUCGCACCUUGUGCAGCACCGGCGCAUGCACACUGGGGAGCGGCCGUUCCAGUGUGGUGAGUGCGGCAAGAGCUUCAGCCGCAGCUCCAACCUAGUGAAGCACCAGGGCACCCACACGGGCGAACGCCCCUACCGCUGCCCAGACUGCGGCCGCGGUUUCACCGACUCCUCCAACCUGGCCGCUCACCUACGUGGCCAUGCCGGCCACAAGCCCCACCGCUGCCCCCAGUGCGGGAAAGGCUUUGCCCGGCGCUCCCACAUUGCCACGCACAGGCGCACCCACACCGGCGAGCGCCCCUUCCCCUGCCCCGACUGUGGCAAGGCCUUCGCCCAGCGCUCCGACCUGGUGGCCCACCGCCGCACCCACACCGGGGAGCGCCCCUACCAGUGCACUGUGUGCGGCAAGCGCUUUGGUAUGAGCUCCACCCUGACGGUGCACUGGCGCACCCACACUGGUGAGAAACCCUACCGCUGCCACCAAUGCGGCAAAGGCUUCACCCAGAACUCGGGCUUCCUCAUCCACCAGCGGCUGCAUGCCGGAGACAAGCCCUACAAGUGCGGACAGUGCGGCAAGGCCUUCAGCAUCAGCUCUGAUCUCCUCGCCCACCGGAGGGGCCAUGACGCUGGGGUUGCCGCCCACAAGUGCCCUGACUGCGGAGCUGGCUUCGGUGCCAGCGCCGAACUCCUGAACCACCAGAGCAGCGCCCACGGGGAGACGAUGCCACACCGGUGCGCAGCUUGCGGGAAAGCCUUCCGGUGCCGCGCUGCCCUCGGCAGGCACCAGAGGACUCACAGCCAGCAGAGAUCGCACAGCUGCUGCCAGUGUGGGAAAAGCUUCCUGCACAGUUCGUCCCUCAGUGCCCACCUGAGGACCCACACUGAGGAGAAGCCUUUCAAAUGCACCCAGUGCGGGAAGGACUUCCGCCAGAGUUCGGCUCUGAUCAGACACCAGAGGACUCACACGGAAUAGGGCCGGCCACGGCUAACCCUUGGGGGGCCGGGGCCGGCUUGGAGAUCCAGAGGAGCAGGGUCAGAUUGGGGUGGCCGCUGGGAAGCUGGGGAUGGGCUCUGCGGGAGGGACCUAGC